CUUGGCUAGCAGAACAGAAUCGGUUCUGGGUCUGAAUAUCUACUCCAACUUAACGUCAAGUGCUGAUCCUACACGGUCAGUUCUUCCUGUCUUCUCAGCUCUUAACCACUCCUCUGAUUCCUAAUGAGUGACGGAGAGUGCGACUUUUUCUGUUUCUUCCGCUGCUGUUGAGCGCUCUAGCGCCCUAAAACCCACUGGGAAUCGUAGUCCAGGUGGGAACGAGGCUGCUGUCAGUCAGAGAGUGGGCAGGCCCUGAGGGGGAUGUCUGUGGAUAUGAGCAGUCAGGCCUCUGAUAGCAAUGAGGAAGACUUCGGCAACAACUCGGAGGAGGAAGAAGACGGCGGAGAGGAGGAAGAUCAGGGCGACAUUGCCGAUUAUUACGAAGGCGUUGCCAGCGACGUGGAACAGCAGGAAGCAGACUCGUUUGACCCGGAAGAGUAUCAGUUCAGUUGCCUGACCUACAGGGAGAGCCAGAGAGUGCUCAAUGAAGAUGUCCACAAGGUCGCCACCACCCUGAAGGUUCCGCCAGCCGUAGCCAAACUGGUCCUCGUACAUUUUCAUUGGCAAGUGUCCCAAAUUCUGGACAGAUAUAAAUCCAACUCAUCACAGCUGCUGUGUGAGGCCCGAGUCCAACCCUCCAGCACCUGCAGAGCCAUCACUGGCUCUGCGUCGCAGCAGUGCGGUGUGUGUUUACAGUUUGUCCGGAGGGACGCUCUGCUCGCCCUGCCCUGUCAGCACUCCUUCUGCAAAGCAUGCUGGGAGCAGCACUGCACCGUGCUCGUCAAAGAUGGCGUGGGAGUUGGGAUCUCGUGUAUGGCGCAGGACUGCUCCCUAAUGAUGCCUGAAGACUUUGUGCUCCCCCUGCUGCCUGGUGAGGAUGUGAAGGACAAAUACAGACGCUACCUCUUCAGGGACUACGUCGAGAGUCAUUUCCAGCUGCAGUUGUGUCCUGGUGCUGACUGCCCCAUCGUCAUCCAGGUGCAGGUGCCAAGAGCACGCAGAGUACAGUGCGACCGCUGCAGUGAAGUCUUCUGUUUUAAAUGCAGACAGAUGUACCACGCCCCAACAGACUGCGGAACCAUCCGGAAGUGGCUGACCAAAUGUGCAGACGACUCCGAGACGGCUAACUACAUCAGCGCACACACUAAAGAUUGUCCUAAGUGCAAUAUCUGCAUUGAGAAGAACGGAGGGUGUAAUCACAUGCAAUGCUCCAAGUGUAAACACGAUUUCUGCUGGAUGUGUCUGGGAGACUGGAAGACACAUGGCAGUGAGUACUAUGAAUGCAGCCGCUAUAAGGAGAAUCCUGACAUCGUCAACCAGAGCCAGCAGGCCCAAGCCAGGGAGGCGCUGAAAAAAUACCUCUUCUACUUCGAGAGGUGGGAGAACCACAAUAAGAGUCUGCAGUUGGAGGCUCAAACGUACCAGCGUAUCCAGGAGAAGAUUCAGGAGCGUGUGAUGAAUAAUCUGGGGACCUGGAUUGACUGGCAGUAUCUACAGAAUGCCGCCAAGCUACUGGCCAAGUGUCGCUAUACACUGCAGUACACUUACCCCUACGCCUACUAUAUGGAAUCUGGACCCCGCAAAAAACUGUUUGAGUAUCAGCAGGCCCAGCUGGAGGCGGAGAUUGAGAAUCUGUCGUGGAAGGUGGAGAGAGCAGACAGCUACGAGAGAGGAGUGGGAGAGGGCGAGCUGAGUGCUAGUGACAGAGGGGAUCUAGAGAAUCAGAUGCACAUUGCGGAGCAGAGGAGACGCACACUGCUGAAAGAUUUCCACGACACCUGAGCCUCCGUCCCACACACCAGCAGCAGCAGCAGCAGCAGCAGCAGCAGUGGCAUCUCUCUUUUCUCCAUCCCUCUAUCCAUCCAUUUCUCCAAAGAUACUCCCAUCUGUUUCCAGUUCUUCCCCUCUUCGCUUCAUUUCCUUUCUCAGUUUAGUCUUUCUUUCUCCCCCUCCCCAAACCUCUCACCUAUUCCAUCUCCAAGUUCCACCGAUUUUUCAUCUCCCUCACGUCCCUUUACCCCCUUUUACCCGUCCCUUACUCCCACUCUCUCUCUCUCUCUCUCUCUCUCUCUCUCUUUUGUUUUCUCUCGGCUGCAGGGUCUCAGAAUAGCACGAUUGUAUCCCUGACCCCAGCACACCCCUCUCACGCCUCCUUAGCAUAGUCAUCCGCUGACAACAGAAUCCACAUUCACACACACACUACAGCAGCGAAAGAGGGAGUACAGGCACGCCUGGACACACACACACACACACACCACGCCACACCACACAACAAAUGCACACUCACGCUCGCACACUCCUCAGAAACACAAAUUUGAUCUGCCUCUCCUACCCCCCCCCCCCCCAAUUCCU